AUGCAGUGGCCAGACUGGCUGAAGUGGAAAGACUCCGACAAGGAAAAGAAGAAACCCAUCACCUGGUCCGACUCGCUCAAUGCCACAGACUGGUCACAAUACUCCUCACCUCGCACCAUCCUGCCCACUGCUAUCUUGACCUUCUCCACUCUCGCCCUGAUCCGCAUCUACCGCAGACACCUCCGCCGCGUACCUGAAGCCCAAUACAUCACACCUUCGUACUUUCACAAACGCAGUCUCUACGGCUAUGUUACUCGUGUCGGCGACGGCGACAAUUUCCGCCUGUUUCACACUCCUGGAGGCCGUCUCAUGGGAUGGGGUUGGCUGCCCUCAAGAAAAAUCCAAGAUUGGACACUUAAAGAAUUCAAGGACAAAACUGUCCACGUUCGUAUAGCAGGUGUUGAUGCCCCUGAGACUGCUCAUUUUGGCAACAAAGAACAACCUUUCGGAAAAGAAGCCUUAGAGUGGCUGAGGACUUUAUUGCACAAGCGCUAUGUCAGGGCAUACAUCUACAGACUCGAUCAGUACCAAAGAGUCGUUGCCAGUGUAUCAUAUUGGAAAUGGGGCUUCUGGAAAACAGAUGUUGGUCUCGAGAUGAUCAAGAAUGGCAUGGCUACUGUCUACGAAGCAAAAUUUGGCAGUGAGUUCGGCAACAAAGAAGCAAAAUAUCGCAGAGCCAUGGAAAAGGCUCAGAAAAAUCAGGUUGGCAUGUGGAAGCAUACCCAGCCCAGCUUCAUUGGCAAAUUGAUGGGCCAGAAAGGCGAGAGAUUCGAGUCACCACGAGAAUACAAAACUCGCAUAAGUCUUCUGGACAAGGCCGAAACUGGCCAGAAGAAAUAA